AUGGCAACUAACUCACCACGAUAUGACGGACACCAAUACGCACAGGUCUCAGGACCACCGUCGCCGCAAACCACGGUGACAGGAGGGCGCGUUUCCAUGGAGCCAUCGUCAGUGCUCCUUUCACCGCCGAGUCGUUAUGCCAGUCCAGUAUCACCUUUCCCCCAGACCGAACACCACAAGUCGAGCAAUAUCACAUUCGUUCCCAUCGUCGAUACGGACGAAGAUCCGCAAUAUGGCCACACGCCAACGGGAAACCCAGUCACUCGGACUUGGUCGGCAAUUGGCAACUGGUGGCCUGAGAUCGCCAGCUCCUUGUUCAGUCUCUUGUGUAUCCCAGCCCUCGUUAUCCUCUUACGCAGCUAUGAUGACCGCCCGCUCUCAGAGUGGUAUCUCACUAUCACACCCAACAUCGUGAUUGCUUUCAUAUUCACCAUCUGCCGAAUCUCCUUCAUUUAUCCUCUGGUACAGGCCCUUGCUCAGCAGAGAUGGAACUGGUUCAAAAGCCCUAGGUCUCUAGACGAUUUUCGUGUAUUUGACGAGGCCUCUAGGGGGCCAUGGGGCAGUUUGUUGUUGAUGAUUAGAAUGAAGGGGAGGCCGCUGGGAAUUUUGUCUCGUCCUCAUCACAAGCAUCGCUACCUCGACUCUCACUCGUCUAUCGUCACUUACCCAAGUCGCAUGGUGCCUGUCAUGGGCAAUGACACGGCUGUUGCGAAAAAAGUUGACGAGUUCUACUAUGUCUCAGGCAACCGCGCUAAUGGGCGCUUGUUUCCCCUUCAGCAAGCCCUACGAAGCAGCGGUUCUACCACACCCAUACAACUUGUGCCCUAUCCACCACCCACCUGCCGAACUUCCGAGUGCACAUGGCCCGGAUUCAACACCAUGGCAAUUUGUGUAAACAUGACCAAUGUCACAAGCCUCCUCACCUACGACGACCUAAUCCCAGGAACAUCCGAGUGGCACAGAGGCGGCAGACCAAGAACAAAUGUCAGCCUAUCCAACGGAGUCAGCUUCCAGCCCUACCCCUACAGAAAAGCCGGUCGACAGAUCGGUCUCGAUGUUGGCAUCGGAGCAGGUCUCACCUCCAACUGGUCAGAGCCGCAUCGAAAACAGGAGAUUGCCUCCCUCUCCUUCAACGGAAUAGAAGGCCAGAAAGCCGAGCUGACGAGCAUUUUCCUCUUGUAUUCUGAUCCCAUCCGGGCGACAGAGGUGAUGUUUCACUACUGCGUCAACAGAUACAACAUGUCAAUAUCGGAAAACGUGCCCAAGAUCCAGCUUUUGGAGUCUAGUACAAAGGUCGAGUAUCACAAUGCUGAACACCAUCACAUGUACAAAACUCUUGUCGAUCCUCAAAACUCGAGUGUGACGUACAAAUUCGGGUCGACGUCUAAUCACUUUCUUACUGGGAUGCUGAGGGAUUUUUUCAUCAACGAUAGGGACGAUGAGGGAUAUGUUUCUGUGUUGCUGUACCAGCUCCCUUUUUCGAAGGGGAACGACGAUAAAGAGGAGAAGGAUGAGCAGGGGUUGGAUGAUUUUAGGUAUGAUGUUGUUAGGAAUAUGUCGUUGAAUGUGGCUAUGGGGUUGACGAAUAUCACGAUGCAAGCUGUUUCCAGUCUGGUCAGUGGCACGGCUUGGCAGGAGGAGAGGUAUAUCUCUGUUCGAUUCGGGUUGGCGCUGGUGGUUUUGGUGUUGGUCAUGGUUCAAACUGCGAGGUUGGGGGUGCCGGUGGUGAAGAGCGAUAUUUUGCCGGCGUUUUUUGCUGUUGGGUUGGCGGAGAGGGCGGAGGCUGAGAGGGGGCGGGUGAGUGAUGUUGGGUUUUCUCCAGAGGUGAAGAAGAACGGGGCGAAGCCGGAGGAGAGCUUUGCUUUGAUGGGAGAGCUGCAGAAGACGCAGAAGGGGAAGUGGGUUUUGGAGGGCUUGUAUAGGGGGAGGUGA